AUGGCGGAUUGUCAGCAUUACCAACUGGGAGCCUCGAACAAGAGCGAGCAGCCAACUUGGGAUGCUCAAGUCAGAUCAUUGUUUGCUAAGCCAUACUGGACAUCUAUUGACUCCAAUCCUACGUCUGUUGGGGACAAUUGGAUAGAACAGAUGAAAGCUUACAGUCCCUCUCGCCCUGCACACAUGUACCUUGAUUUGUCGAGUGUGGAGUCUGUCCAACAGAACAUCCUUACCAUUUAUCAACACUUGCGCUCUCGGUCCAUGCCCAUCACGAAAAUUGAAAGCCACUAUUGGCCAGAUGAGACUUUGGAGACUCUGCGUUUGUGGGCAAACCAAGGCUUUAGACGCUCUUCUAUCGAUCCGGUUAAAUAUCACGAAUUGAUCAGACCCCCGAAUCCUUAUCCAGCAGAUAUAAGGAUCAGGAGAGACAUCCUGAGUCUCAGCCCAUCUGAGCUUCAGACCUAUCGUGAAAGGUUGGAUGAUAUACUUCAAGUUGGAAAGAAGGAUUCUAAAUGGCAGGAGCUGGGAUUACUACAUGCUGAGUGGUGCCUCCAUUACCAAGAAGCUUUCAUAUUCUGGCAUCGAGCGUAUUUGAAGUAUGUGGAGGAGCUGAUUGACUUCCCUAUUCCUUACUGGAAUGGCUUUGCAGUCGGAACAGGGGAGCCCGAUUCACCUUAUGCUGGUCUGCCAUCGAACUACUUGGAUGAUUUCUAUGCCCAUUCAAAUGGAGAACAACGCAGAAAUCCUCUGAAGUACGCACUUUUACUCAAUGGACAAAACAGAACAGGUACUUCUGAGUAUGUCGAACGCUCCCCGGAGCUCGUUGAAGGCCGCGGCCAUCCUAAUUGGUCAAAUAAAAUUAAAUGGUUUAAACAGUAUCACCGGCAAAUCGAGCAUGCAUUUGAACAACAUGAUUUCUCUUUGCAACAAGCUCAAGGAUGUCCCUGGGCUAAUAUACCAGACUUCAAGGAAAACCAGCCGGACAAUUGUUAUCCUGAAGCCAGUCGCAAAUUCUUUGAUGGUCUGUUUGAGCAAGUGCAUGACAAAUAUCACGGCUGGAUAGGUCCAGAUAUAGUGAGCAGCGAACCCACUGGCAUUGACAAGUAUGUUAUCCAUGUUAAUGUUUCAAAACAGGCUGAUAAUUCUUAUACAGCAUUCGACCCCAUUUUCCUCAGCUACCACGCAAACAUGGACCGUAUUGCUGAGAUGUACCUCCGGAAAGAUCCCGCACGCCAGUUCUCGUCCAAUUUUCCUCUUCGUCCUUCUGUGGACAACGGAAAAGUGUGGACAUAUGAUGACCCCCGCGAGUACAUCUACACAACAGUAGGGGACAUGGCAACGCAGAGUCUCGCAAUGAAGUACUGUUACGCGUCGCCCAUAGUUCCUGACUUCCUCCCAACCUCCCAAUUGCAAUCUAAGACAGCAGCGGUGCCGCACGGUGGCACAGCCUUUUCAUUGUCAACAGCCAAGUCUGUAGAUACAACAGAUGUCACCCAAGGACAUGAAUCCGUUCCAUACAUCAUGUUCGACUCUGUCUCUUGUCUCAAAGACUGCUUCCGGAUUGAUGUUUUUGUCAAUGGGGCCCAAAAGUUGGAGUCAGAUCCAAUGGGCAAUCCCGAAUACAUUGGAAGUAUCACCAGACUUGGUAUGGGGAGUGGAAGAGGUGAAGCAGUUGGAACCAGGAAUUCGCAGCGGUGCAUAAAGAAGCCGAUAACGCGUAUUUUGCAAGCUGGUCAUUUCAAAGAGAAAUUGAAGAAUGGCUUUGGUGUCCAACAAAUUGUCACUGACUUGAGUACCGACAGGCGCCUUGGAGAAGAAGAGUGGAAGAGAAUGCCAGGAUUUGAGGGGACUGUUGUUUGGUCAUAG